AUGGGUACGUAUCCCUCAGAUCGUAGCUUCACCCUUACGCGCCCAGGCGGCUCAUCUCUUUUCCCCCUCUGUCUCUCUCUCUCUCUCUCUCUCUCGCGCGCGCGCGUGCUCGACAGAUGCCGCUCUACAAAAAGCACUGGUGGAUAGAGUGUACGAUCGGAGGAAAGCUGCGACGCUGGAUCUUGAAAAGUGAGUUGAAGGGGGAGCGGUGCUUUUGAUGGGAUGGAAUGGAAUGGAAUGUAUGCGCGCUUCGAAACUCAAAAAUGAUGCUCGUACCUCGUACGCACCUACCUGCUGCUACUGCUGCUGCUGCUGCUGCUGCUGCAACCCACAACAGACAAGUGCGAGAAGCGCUUCAACGCAAUGACAGGAGCCGCAUCAACCUCAUCAUUCAACAGUUGUGCGCUCUCCUAUCCACGCCUGCCAACAAUCAUGCGCGCAAUGGUGGAUUGAUAGGUCUGGCUGGCAUCGCCAUCGCGUUGGGAAUACAAAUUGCUCCUUAUUUGGAACAAAUCGUACCCCCCGUCUUGGCUUGCUUUGGCGAUCCCGAUAGCAAGAUUCGGUGAGAUUAGAGGUGGUGCAGGACCUGGACCAGCGCGCCUUCGUUGCAACUCAUCUUGACCGCCUGCCCCACCGCGUGCAACAGCUACUUUGCGUGCGAAAGCUUCUACAACAUCGCAAAAGUUUGCAAAGGCGAGAUAUUGAUGUACUUCAAUGAGAUCUUCGAUGCUCUGUCCAAGGUGAGUUCGCGCGCUGAUGACCAACCUUAUCUGGCCCUGUCUGUCGCGCCCGCUCACUUUUCCCUUUCUCGCCCUGUCCCCCAAAGCUCGCAGCAGAUUCCGAACUUUCUGUAAAGAACGGUGCAGAGCUGCUGGAUAGACUGCUCAAGGAUAUCGUCUGCGAGGCUGCACCUCACUACGUCUCUGCCCACCAAGACAUCGCACUCAUUCGAUCUCGGCAAGAUGCUGCGGCAGGGUACGCGGGUGGGAGCGCAGAGUUGGAGGUGGCCAGGGAGAAAGCAGCCUUGGCCGCAGCAGAAGGCAUCGACGUAUCAUCGGACGAGUCUAGAAACAAGGUGUUCAGUCUGGCUCGCUUCGUGCCUCUCUUGGCAGAGCGCAUGUACGUCCUAUCGCCUUUCACCAGGACUUAUUUUGUCAGCUGGUUGAUGGUGCUGGACUCGGUACCUGAUCUGGAACUGGUGCAUCACUUGCCUGCCUUUUUGGAUGGACUGCUCAAAUACCUCUCCGAUCCCAACACCGACGUCCGAGUCGCUACGCAUAACGUCCUUGCGGACUUCUUGAGGGAAUGCAAAGCUGCCGCUAGAGCUCAAUUGCGCUUGAAUCCUGGCACGCGGAGCCAAGCCAAACAGCCGGUCAAAUUUGCCCAGGAAACUUUGGCUAAGCAAGGAGCGGCAGGUAGAAUAGCUGCAGAGGUUGAAGAGGGGCACAAUGCGGAGCGCGACGAAGAAGAGGACGAAGAGGAGGGAGAUGGUGCAUUGGCGGUCGACGACGCUUCGGAGGAUGUGUGGCUUCCGGUGCAGAGCGUGAGCAUAGACUAUGCAGCGAUCGUUCAAAUCUUGGUGAAUCACAUCGCCUAUCCGGACGAGGAAAUUCAAGCGACGGCUCUGCAAUGGAUCUCGGAAUUCUUGCUCGUCGUCAAGGACGUAGUGGUGCCUUUUACGCCUAGGCUCAUUCCCGCCAUAUUGCCGUCCAUCGCUCAUCAUAGUCCGGCCAUCCAGAAUGCGGCCCAGGCGACGAAUGGCAACUUGUUCAGAGUGCUGCAGGGCCUGCCAAUGGAGGAUAGCUCCAAAGCCAGUGCGACUGCGUCGUCAUCGAGACAGACGAUGAAAAGUGUGCAGGGAGAUGCGAAGCGGGAGCGAAUGGCAACUGCCGGGCUGACGGCUCCGCCAAGUGGCAAAGUCUUAGAGCCAUCCUCGCCAAGCCUCACUUCGACUGUGAUCUUUCCCGACAAUACGACGGACACGCGAUCACCUCAACUCUCCCCGAGCCUGAAAGCGCAAGCCUUUUCGCUUGCUGCUGGUGAUGUCGAUAACGAAGUAGGCGCUUUUUCGGCUUUGGGCAUCGACGCUAGCGGCAGUGCGACAGGAGCUGAGCCGAGCGUGGAACCGUUCGAUCUGCAAGCGACGGUCAAUGUCCUGACGGUGCAGCUUAUAGAUGAGCACGAGGAGACGCGGGUAGCAGCUCUGGGAUGGCUGCUCAUGCUGCACCAAAAAGCUCCUCACAAGAUCCUGGCCAUGGACGACGGCACCUUUCCAGCGCUGCUCAAGACGCUUUCGGAUCCGAGCGAAGAGGUCAUCCGAUCUGAUCUGCGUCUUUUGGCCCAGAUCAGCAGCGCCAGCAGCAGCAAUAGCAACGAUGCGUACUUCAAAAGCUUCAUGAUCAACCUCGUCAGCCUUUUCAGCACGGAUCGACGCUUGCUGGAGACGCGCGGCAGCCUGAUCAUUCGUCAGCUGUGCGCCAGUCUGCACACUGAGAGAAUCUUCCGCACGCUCGCAGAGAUUUUGGAACGAGAUGAGGAUUUGGAAUUCGCGAGCGUCAUGAUCACCAACAUGAACAUGAUCCUCAUCACCAGUCCCGAGCUUGCUGAUUUCCGACGCAGGCUGAAGAACCUCGACUCAUCUAGGGAUGGUCAACAGCUGUUUGUCAGCCUGUAUCGCAGUUGGUGCCACAAUGCUGUGGCGACGUUUAGCCUCUGCUUGCUUGCUCAAGCCUACGAGCACGCGUCCAACCUCUUGCAAAUUUUUGCCGAUUUGGAGAUCACCGUUGGCUUCUUGAUCCAGGUGGACAAGCUGGUGCAGUUGCUCGAGAGCCCCAUCUUUACUUCUCUUAGGCUGCAGUUGCUCGAACCUGAGCGGCAUCCUUACCUGUUCAAGUGCAUGUAUGGUCUGCUCAUGCUCCUUCCUCAAAGCUCAGCUUUUGCGACGCUCAGGAAUCGUCUCAACGCCGUCAGCAGUCUAGGAUUCUUGCACGCCAACGCUGCAUCCAGCAGGUCCAUGCAGGGAAGUGGCAGCAGCGCAACAAGCGCGAACGCGAACAGUACCUCAUCUGCUUCUUCCUCUUCCUCCUCCGCAUCUGGGCAGGUGGCAGGAACUCGCAGCAAAUUGGUGGCUAGCAGCAAUAAGGAGGAGAUCAAGUGGACGGAAUUGUUGACGCACUUCAGAAAGGUGCAGAGCAGACAUGAAGCUGCUAGACGCGCGGGACAAGCGGGAGCUGCGGGAGCAGACGGAUCCGCGCUUGUUCCUGGCAUGGCGGGCAUACAUUUGGAAGGCGGCAGCAGCAGCGCUUCGAGUGCGCCUAGAUCGCAAAUUGCUGCGGCUGCGGCUGGUGGUCUUGCGUCCAAUCAACAAAGACGCAAAGCGAGCAAUGGCGCUGCACAUUUGAGGAAUUUGAAUUUGAGCAGCGCUGCUUCCAACGCGAACAGUGCUGGCUUUGCGCCACCGUCUGCUGCUGCUGGUGGUGGUGGUGGUAGGCACUCGAACCACGCACCAGCCACCAACGCCACCAAUUCCUCCUCCUCGCCUUCCUUCUUUGGACUCAGUCUGACAGGCGCGGCUUACAAUUCGGCCAACUCCCCCUCGUCCUCUGGUGCGCUUGGAUCUGGACCGGCCAAUAGACCUACUUCUCCCUUGUCCGCUAGACGAUCUAAUGCUGCGCCUGGCACGAGGGUGGUUAGCAAUGCGCCUGCCAAGAGAUAG